AUUUCAGUUUGACAUCACUACUUCUCAUUCAAACAGAGGACAGUAUAAAGGGUAUUGGAAAGGCAGCCUCGGAUUGCAGAGGUUGUAACCCUUCAACACAUCAGUAGUACUAGUAGAGAAAGCUACCGGCUGUUUCAUGCACACUGCUUCCUACAGGCAAUUCAGACCCUGACAGAGGACUGCCAGCUGUACCAUCCUGGGAGACAGCGCAGCAGAUUCCGUUUGCCAGUACUUGAAGUAGUAAUUGCUGAUUGCAGAGAUGCAGAGAUCCACGCAAUGAACCUGCAAGUUAUGGAGAUUGGCUGUGCAGUCCAGGACAGCUCGUGAAAAUGUUUCAAUAUGCCACAAGGAUCUGUUUGGAACUGUUUCUCCUGUUAUAUCUCCCUUACCUCCAGCUAAUACCCAGUUUAGCAUUACCCAGUGCCCCUGACUACCUGCAGCGAGGCUGGCAGAGAUUGUUAGAGGAAGGAGAGAGCUGUAUGGACUGUAGGCCAGAAGAGUGCCCUCCACCUCGUGGAUGCCUUGCUGGAGUCGUGCGGGACACCUGCGAUUGCUGCAUGGAAUGUGCCAAUUUGGAAGGGCAGAUAUGUGAUUUGGACAACACCAACCACUUCUAUGGGAAAUGUGGUGAUAACCUGGAGUGUCAGUUGGACAUGGGGGACCUAAGACAUGGAGAGGUGCCAGAACCUCAAUGUGUCUGCUUAUUUAACAAAGCUGUGUGCGGAUCUGAUGGCAAGACCUAUCCACAGCUGUGCAAAUUUCAGGAGGUGUCCAAUGCACAGCCCAAGAGAAAUCUUACAAUUGCCCAUGAGGGGCCGUGUGAAUCAGCACCUCAGAUCCUCACCGCACCCUAUGAUAUCUGGAAUGUUACGGGAAAGGAUGCUAUAUUUGGCUGUGAAGUUUUCGCUUAUCCCAUGGCAUCCAUUGAAUGGCGGAAGGAAGGGUCAGAGAUGCUGCUACCGGGCGAUGACCCACAUAUUUCAGUCCAGUUUAGGGGAGGUCCACAGAAGUAUGAAGUGACGGGAUGGCUCCAGAUACAAUUAGUCCGUGUUACAGAUGAAGGAACAUACCGAUGCUACGCCAAGAACAAAAUUGGUGAAGUGAUGGCAGGAGCCACACUCACCGUGCUCACACCAGAUCAACUCAACAUGACUGGGCUGUCUCUGCCAAAAUUCCGUAACCAGUUACAAGAGGAAGAUACAGACAGCGAGGAUUCUGAUUAUUACUGAAAUUCCAUGGUAUGGUGGAUGCUGUAAUCUGCUCUGGAUCCUUCUCAUAAUUUCCAUCUUACAUGAGCAGAAGAUUUCAAAGAAAGUAAAUGCUGCGACAAGGGACAAAUUUAAAGCACUUUAUAUUUUUGGACCCGCUCUUGUAAGCUUUGUAAAAUAUCCUUUGAAGGACUUUUGAAGAAGUUACUUGUUUUCAGUAUAUCAGUAUUAAAAUGAAUAUUUGUUUUGGCAGACUGGAACUAACAAAUAUUGGUCGGGAUUUAAUGUGCCUGAGUUCAGCCGGCAUCCCGUACAUUGGCUGGAUUCAUCGGGAUGUAGUGCUAUUGUACAUACAGUUUGUAAAAAUGAUUAUUGUAGUCCCUUCGGUAUACAAAUUGUGUAAAUGAUUAGUUACAAACUGCAUUGGCCAAGCCAAAAUGUUUUGCUCAGUUUGUACUUUUGGAAAGAGGUUUGGAAACAGAUCUGGCGUUUAGUGUGAUUGGCUUGUGUAAUCCCAUCAUUUUUUAGGAACCCCCCCCCCCCCCCCCAGCUUUUAAAUAGCAAGUAAGGCUACUAUUUAGCAUUGAUAUAUAUGGUACUGAGCUGUUUAAUAUACAUGCAAUAACUUAUGCAUAUGCCCACAAUGCUCUCUUUCUCAGGUUGCCACGUUAGCUAGGGAGUGCUUCCUUAAUACAACAAACACAUAGUGACAGACAGGUUGGCAGAGAUGCAUGACGCGGGCUGGUUAUUUAAUACACGGGGCCUACAUCAGGGGACUACAUUUCCAGCUUUCUGACCUGUACCAGAUGCAGUGCUGUAGCAGAAUGCCCCUACUCCCUGGGCAGGCACCUGUGGUCUCUUGCGCUAUCCUAUCCCCUGCUAACAUGACCUCACACAAGUGCUGCUCCCCCUCUCCUGGGUUCCGUUGGGGUGGAGACCUUGCUGCCUGCUUACCCUCGUGCGUCCCUGGGUACAGCAUAUAUCAGAUCUUUUUUUCACACUGUCCCAAAGAUGUAGGAUGAGUUUCAAAUAUCUAACGGAGUGACCACCUGGAAGAAUUGGCAAGUCUCCCAGAGCCGGACGACACCUGCCUGCAGCCGCCCACUUACCGAGCAAAAGUCUGCGUAUGGGUGGCCAAUGAUUGUGUCAUUGUGGCACCACCCCCUGUUUCACAAUGCCAGUAAUAAUAGCAUUGUGCAGGAGGGCAGGGCUAGCAUGACGUAUUCAUGUCAUCACGCCCACCAGCAUGCAAACUUUCCCAUAACACAUUCCCACUGAGCCAACCCCCACUGAGCCAACCCCCACUGAGCCAGCCUGACUGUUCCCUCCCUGAGGGGUCAGCCUGGAAGUUGGCAAGCAUGCUUAACACAGAGCAGUGGGUUUUUUUUACCAUUAUGGUUCAUAUCUAAACAUUUCAAUUUUGAAGAUUAGUCAUCCUUUAAUAAAGUUGCAAACCCCUGUAAAAAUGGAGUGUAUUUCUUUAACAUACACUGGUUACCUGUAGGUAGAAAGAUUUUGUUAUUUUUUAUUAUUGCGGUUCAAGCUGCAAUUAAUGAUUACAGCUUGCUUAACGAGAGACAGAGAGGUUUCAGAACACCCAGUUUCUUAGCAGACACGUCCCACCAUGCAACAUCGGUCAUCAUAUGAUGAAUUAGAAGGUUUGUGACUGACUGGUUCUCACAGCUCAAGGUUUACUCUCCAAUGUUACAGCAGAAACCCCAUUCUUCCCUGUGUGAGAGUUUUUUUUAAUGUGGAAAACAUAUAACGGCAAACAAAAUGAUUUUGCACAGGAAACACCUGGGUUAUAAAAGAAGAAAAAAAAAAUCAACUUAAUGUUAAAAAAAUUGCAGUAAAUAAAAAGUAUGCGGGUCAGCUGGUUUAAAGUGCAGCUAAAAUAUUGCUUAGGCAUCUUGCAUCGUUUUCUUUCUAAGGUUCAUAUAGCAUUGUAUGACAUUACAAAACCCUUGUGUGUAGAGACAACUGUUGUCCGGAUUAUCUGACAUUCUAGGUUUUAAUUUUUGAUACAAAACAAAUUGUAAAUUGCAUUUUAGGUGUGGCACAUCUUUAAGGGGCCUAUUCAUUUAAAGGGCCUAUUCAUUAUACUUUAUCGGCCUUCUGCAUGAUUUUAGUAAUUGGUCCAUUCAUUAUUAGGGGCCCGACGGUGUGCCUAGAAUCAUCAAUGUUGUUGGUUCCCAAAGCCCUGCUGCUUCCUAUGGCAAGGAGGUCUGGGGUUGCGAAGAGGGUCCUGAGUACUGCAGCUGUACGCAUGCAUUAACUCAGGUUAUAUAAGAGCAGUUAGCCGAACCUGUAGUGGUUAGUAUCACUGCUACUGUGGUAGCAGUGCUAUGGAUUGUGCUCCUAAGACCAGCUGUGCAUGCGCUGGAGCAAAACUGAUUUGCUCCUGUAUUUAAGUAUCCACGGCCACAACUCAUGAGCGUUUGAUAAUUAUUUGGAGGGCCCCCCGAGCCCCCCAUGUUAUACUUAACUACUCUCUCAGAUUCUGCAGGAGGCACCCGGUUUCUCAGAUAGUCCCCUGAAGCCCCGGAAGAGUGGUCACCUCUCCCACGUUCUGCCCACUUCCUAGUGAAGUGGGCAAAAUGGGGAGAUAAAUAUGGCGAAAUUGCAGACCUGGCGGAGGGGUCGGAGUCUAAUGACGUGAAUAUAUGCUAAUUGCAUAGUAUUAGCUCUGCCCUUAUGCAAAAUCCCACAGAGAAGGAAAAAGCUAUUCAACAAAAUAGCCUUUCUCUGACGUCCUAGUGGAUGCUGGGAACUCCGUAAGGACCAUGGGGAUA